UGAAAUGAAAUAUUCUAGGACUAACCUUUGACAAAAAUAUUUUGGUUCUUCAAUCAAAGACAAGUUAUGAUGAGAAAGCGUUUCCUCAAUUUCUUUGUCAAUCCAACACCAAAAAAAUGGUUUCUCCUUUCUCUUAGUCACCACACAUCUCAAUCUCAUCAAUUCAUGUCAAUUUCUUCUUCUAUUGAUCCCAAUUCAAUCAAAAAUGAUUAUUCCUAUGGAAACAAAAUCUUGACACCAAGUUUCAAAUUUGGUGUAAACAAUAGUUUACACACUAAUUCAGUUGUGGAACAAUCUGAAAGAAAUGAUGAUGAGGUUGAAGAUUGUGUUUGGACAAAGAUGCAAGAAGAAGCCAAAGUUGAUGUCACUGUUGAACCAAUUUUAUCCACUUACUAUCAUGUUUCAAUUUUGUGUCACAAAUCAUUGGAAAGUGCUUUGUCUAAUUAUCUUGCUGUUAAAUUAAGCAGUGUAAGUGUUCCGAGCACAACACUUGUUGAUCUUUUUGUUAAAGUUUUGGAAUCUGAUAAACAAAUUAUGGAUGCUGUGAAAUAUGAUUUGAAAGUAGUUAAUGAAAGAGACCCUGCUUGUAUAAGUCAUGUGCAUUGUUUCUUGAAUUUCAAAGGGUUUUUAGCAUGUCAAGCUCAUAGGAUAGCUCAUGAUUUGUGGCUAAAAGGAAGAAAAGUUUUAGCAGUUAUGAUUCAGAAUAGGGUAUCUGAAGUUUUUGGAGUUGAUAUUCAUCCAGGAGCUAAAAUUGGAAGUGGGAUUUUGUUGGAUCAUGCAACUGGGAUUGUGGUUGGUGAAACUGCUGUUAUUGGGAAUGAUGUUUCAAUUUUGCAUGGUGUUACAUUAGGAGGGACUGGUAAAGCUUGUGGUGAUAGGCAUCCAAAGAUUGGUGAUGGGGUGUUGAUAGGUGCUGGAACUUGUAUUUUAGGGAAUAUUAAGAUUGGUGAUGGUGCUAAAAUUGGUGCUGGUUCUGUUGUCAUUAAGGAUGUUCCUCCUAGGACUACUGUUGUUGGGAAUCCAGCUAAACUGGUUGGAGGGAAGAACAAUCCUGUUAAACUUGAUAAGAUUCCUAGUCACACUAUGGAUCAUAUUGCACAUAUUUCUGAGUUUUAUGAUUAUUGUGUUUAAAGUAUAGUCCUUGAAAAAUUGGUUUGUAGUUUUAUGGUGGAAACUUAGUAUCUUAUGCGUGUAACUGCAGAGACUAAUUCUCGAGACUUGUGGGAAUUGGUUUGUAGCUUUAUGUUUAGAGUUUAUGGUUGAGUGAUUUAUUUAAAUUAGGGGUUAUUGUUUGUUAUGUGAUGUUUGAGAGAAUCUUGGUUCUCCUCCUAAGAAUAAUAAAAAUGAAAAUCAUAACAAAAGAGUAAUGUUUCCUUUAUGGUGUUGUA